AUGACGACUCCCGCACCGUUCAAAAUUUUCAAGGCCACGCCGCCGCCAGCGCCUGCCGGCCGGAAACCCAUCGGCUAUCGAGGCAACCACUGGCACAAGAAGGUUCUGUAUGACCCCGUCUACCCCACGACAAAGAUCCCCGCGGCUCUGGUUCCGCGCUAUCCGAUCGACUGGCGGAACGGCGGUCGCGCGUUGCUGAUUGCCGCGAUGUCGAAGCUGGAGAAUCCCUCCUCUCUGCAGCGGCGCAUCUUCCUGCGCGAAAACAGCCGAGACAGCCAAACUCCCCAGGCGCCCCUGUCACCCUUCCAGAACGCGUCGACCGCCUCCGGCGGCGGGGCCUACCUGGUCUCUUCUGUGGGGCGAAAGCGGAGCUACGUGGGCCGCAUCGCCGUCAGUCUCAUGGCGCGUCACCGCCAGAUUUGCGACUACCAACGAGUCGGCGGCUUCUGCUCGCCCAGAUGCUUCUCCGAAUGCUCCAAGGAACUGCGCCGCUGCCUCUGCGCGUGGCGAUGCAACGGAUUCCACGAACACGUGGUCCAAAUGGACGGCAUGCUCGGCGAAUACAAGGGCGAAGUCAAAACAGAGAAACCGCUCUUCAGCGUCCUCAGACGACAAGCGAGAAAAAACAGCGCGCCUUCGGAAGGCGUCGUGUUCAGUCCCUCGUCGGGAGCCUUCGAACGCGUCCGCCCCGCGCAGCACGCAGCCUUCGAGGCCUUCGACCGCCACGGGCCCGAAGGCCCCACGCAGAGGCCCGCGCCCCGCCGGGAGCCGCCGCUACCCUUCUACUCAGCUAGCCACGUGCCCGACGUCCCUCGGCCCCCGCCGCCCCAGCCGUUCACCGGGCCUCUCGAAGUCCGAGAAGACGACCUGCAGCGAGAACACAGCGUGGCGGAAAGCGAAGAGGAAAGCGACGAGGAAGAGAGCGGGCGAUGGAGGCGCGAGAGGUGGGGAAGAGACGAAGAAGAAAGCGACAGUGAGGAACAGAUCCGGGGGGCGACGGGGGCGCGCAGGUGA